GAGAGGAGUCCUCCAAACCCGCCGAGCCCAGGCAGCCUCUCGUUGCUGGAUACAGCAGUAUCUCCGCUCAAAAUGAUGCUGCGGACACUACUACUCUUUUCCCUCAUCCAGGGUACUAGCCAAAAAAGUGAUGAUGAUUAUGAAGAUUAUACAACCAACAAAACCUGGGUGUUGACUCCCAAAGUCCAUGAGAGUGAUGUUACCCUCAUUUUAAAUGGCCUGCUGGAGGGGUAUGACAACAAAUUGAGGCCAGAUAUAGGAGUGCAACCAACAGUAAUUCACACUGAUAUGUAUGUCAAUAGCAUUGGUCCAGUGAAUGCUAUCAAUAUGGAAUAUACAAUUGAUAUAUUUUUUGCCCAAACCUGGUAUGACAGACGGCUAAGAUUCAACAGCACCAUAAAAGUUUUGCGGUUGAAUAGUAACAUGGUUGGGAAGAUCUGGAUUCCUGAUACAUUCUUUCGAAACUCAAAGAAAGCAGAUGCUCACUGGAUAACAACUCCCAAUCGAAUGCUCAGGAUCUGGAAUGAUGGCAGGGUGCUCUAUACUCUCAGACUGACAAUAGAUGCUGAGUGUCAGUUACAGUUACACAAUUUCCCAAUGGAUGAGCAUUCUUGUCCCCUGGCAUUUUCAAGCUAUGGCUACCCCAAGGAAGAAAUAAUCUACAUGUGGAAACGCAGCUCAGUGGAAGUGGGAGAUACUAGAUCCUGGAGGCUUUAUCAGUUCUCAUUUGUUGGUCUUAGAAAUACAACUGAAGUGGUUCCAACAACAUCAGGAGAUUAUGUGGUCAUGGCAGUCUAUUUUGAUCUAAGCCGAAGGAUGGGCUAUUUCACCAUUCAGACUUACAUCCCCUGCACGCUCAUUGUGGUGCUCUCCUGGGUUUCUUUCUGGAUUAAUAAGGAUGCUGUACCAGCCAGAACAUCUUUGGGUAUUACAACUGUCCUGACAAUGACCACGCUCAGCACAAUUGCUCGCAAAUCUCUCCCCAAAGUCUCUUAUGUGACAGCAAUGGAUCUCUUUGUAUCAGUUUGCUUCAUUUUUGUUUUUUCCGCACUGGUGGAGUAUGGGACUCUUCAUUAUUUUGUUAGUAACAGAAAGCCAAGCAAGGAUAAAGAGAAAAAGAAGAAAAAUCCUGCACCUACAAUUGAUAUCCGUCCAAGGUCAGCAACGAUUCAAAUGAACAAUGCAACACACCUCCAAGAACGGGAUGAAGAGUAUGGAUACGAAUGUCUUGAUGGCAAGGACUGUGCAAGCUUUUUCUGCUGCUUUGAAGAUUGCCGAACAGGAGCUUGGCGGCAUGGAAGGAUACACAUUCGCAUUGCCAAAAUGGACUCCUAUGCCCGCAUAUUUUUCCCCACAGCCUUCUGUUUGUUUAAUCUGGUCUACUGGGUAUCUUACCUUUACCUUUAAACAAGCAGAAAGGAAACUGAUGACAUGAGCCUUAUUCUUGGAAUUUUAUUCGAAGAUUGGUUUCCUGUAUGAAUUUACUUCAGUGCCAUGAUCUAGUGGCUUCAGUGCAUAUGAGGGGACUUAAAAUAAACAUAUGGACUUUCCUGCAGGCAGGAGCCAUCCCAUUCUCUUCUGCCCCAGGAAAUGCGCUGCACAUUUACCAUUAUUCGUGCAUUGCAUUCCUUGACAUAAGGAGGGAAUGGUUCAGCCCUGGUCUGUUGAGCAUCAGAGUUUCAUGAACUUUUAAAUUUUAUAACAUGCUUUGCAGUGAUCUGAAUCCUUUAGUGCCAUAACUCAGUAAAUACCAACCAUCAGAUCAUUUGUUAAAGGCUACUGUAACACUGUUGUGAUCUGGAUGAUAUCAUGCUGCAUUUUGAGUGCUAUGAUCGAACGAAGAUCCAGGAUCAUAUUGAAGGCCACCCAAGAAUCUGAGGGGAGCCAUGAGGAGAGGAGCCACACCAACUCUCAAGGUUUGGGUGUCAUCAUUUCAGUUACAGACGACAGCAGGUGCAAUCGAAAAGGGGCGAAUGCUGUCCAGUGCGUUAACAUUGACUCUAAAUGUGUGAUAUCUUUUGUCCUCUGUAGGCUUUUCUUUUUGGAAGAGUCAUCUUUCACUUCAGAUCCAUGUAACUAGUCAGUGGGGAGAAGGCAGCUUUUCUUCUCACCCAAAUAAUAA